GGGGCGCGGGGUCCCGGCCCUGCCCGCCUGCGAGCCCCGAGCAGACGCCGAGCUGGGGAGGAGGGGCCCAGGGCGCUGCUUCGCACCCCUCCCUGUGGGGCUCGGACUCGAGGGUGGUGCGGCUUUAUUGCCGUGGCCUCGGGCAGGUGGCCGCUGCUCCUCUCGGGUUUUUCAAAGACGGGGAAAGUGACGCCGAGUCGCUCCAAGUCACUGAGGAGAGUGCCGAGAGGGAUACAGGUCUCUCUGGACGAGAAGUUUCCUUCUUAGGGUGGGAGUUGGAAUUCCCACGCAUCACCGGGGGUCUCCGGAGAGAAACCUGCUGCCUGGCGCUUCCCGAAGUCCCUUCCAGGCUGCAGCGCCCCGGGUCGCUCCCUCGGCCGAGAUGUCGGGAUGGGAACUCCCAAGGUGGAAAUCGCUUGUUUCCACGAUCAGUCCUCUCCUGCCUCCUAAUUAGAGGGCCCUCCCCUGCCGCCCACAGUGACUCAGAAGGCAGCUGCGGAGAACAGGAAGGCCGGAGAUUCAUGUGACAAGCCACUGGCCUUCACCAGGGCAGACAAAGCAGCUAAAGAUGGGCUCUCCAGAAAACUCGAGUGAAGGCUUGACUGAGAGUGAAGUAGAACACACACCAUGAAACCCAGAAGAAGAAAAGUUCAUGCCAGUUUCUGCUAAAGUACCUGGCCCGUACCUGGUGUUCAUUCAAAAUGCCUGGAAUAGCCUCUUUCUUAUGAAUGAAAGAACUGCUAGGCAACAUUUGCUAAAUCAUUUGUUUAUGAGAGCUGAGUGAGGGAUCAUCUGCACAAAAGGUUUCAUGCCCAAAGGUUUGAAAGUCACUUGUUUACAUGUUAUCUGAGGUUCAUUCUAGAACUUCCAGUAUGAUGUUGAAAAGGUGUGGUGAGAGGAGACAUCCUUGCCUUGUACUUGAUCUUAGUGGGAGAGCUUCAAGUUGCUCACAAUUUCUUUUUCCAGGAAGGAAAAUGGCAUCUGCCGCAGUUGAUCCACAGCCGAGCGUGGUGACUCGAGUGGCCAACCUUCCCUUGGUGAGCUCCACCUAUGACCUCGUCUCCUCCGCUUACAUCAGUACCAAGGAUCAGUAUCCCUGCUUGAAGUCUGUGUGUGAGAUGGCAGAGAAGGGCGUGAAGACCAUCACCUCGGUGGCCGUGUCGAGUGCUCUGCCUCUCAUCCAAAAGCUAGAGCCACAAAUUGCGCUUGCCAAUACCUAUGCCUGUAAGGGGCUAGACAGGAUUGAGGAGAAACUGCCUAUUCUGAAUCAGCCAACAAACCAGGUUGUUGCCAAUGCCAGAGGUGCUAUGAAUGGGGCAAAAGAUGCUGUGACGACUACUGUGACUGGGGCCAAGGAUUCUGUGGCCAGCACGAUCACUGGGGUGAUGGACAGGACCAAAGGAGCGGUGACGGGCAGUGUGGAGAAGACCAAGUCUGUGGUCAAUGGCAGCAUUAACACUGUCUUGGGAAGUCGGAUGGUGCAGCUGGUGAGCAGCGGAGUAGAAAAUGCGCUCACCAGAUCAGAGCUGCUGGUAGACCAGUACCUCCCUCUCACUGAGGAAGAACUAGAAAAAGAAGCCAAAAAAGUCGAAGGGUUUGAUCCAGUGCAGAAGCCAAGUUAUUAUAUCAGACUGGGAUCCCUAUCUAGCAAGCUCCGCUCACGUGCCUACCAGCAGGCUCUCAGCAGGGUUAAAGAAGUGAAGCAGAAAAGCCAAGCGACCAUUUCUCAGCUCCAUUCCACUGUUAACCUGAUUGAAUUUGCCAGGAACAAUGUGCACAGUGCCAACCAGAAAAUUCAGGAUGCUCAGGAUAAGCUCUAUCUCUCCUGGGUGGAGUGGAAGAGAAACAUCGGCCAUGAUGAUACAGAUGAAUCCCACUGUGCUGAGCACAUUGAGUCACGUACCCUGGCUAUUGCUCGCAACCUGACUCAGCAGCUCCAGACCACGUGCCACACCCUCCUGUGCAGCGUCCAGGGGUUACCACAGAACAUCCAAGAUCAGGCCAGUCACUUGGGGGUGAUGGCUGGAGACAUCUACUCGGUGUUCCACAAUGCUGCCUCCUUUCAGGAAGUGUCGGAGGGCCUCCUCACUUCUAGCAAGGGACAGCUGCAGAAAAUGAAGGAGUCUCUGGAUGAUGUGAUGGAUUAUCUUGUUAACAACACACCCCUCAACUGGCUGGUAUUUGAUUUCACUUCCAUAGACUUGGCAUCUGAGACUGAUGAAAUUCCAGAUGUUAUCGCUUUGGCAGAGGAGGAUGGAUCAGACCAUUCACAUGCUAAUCGCCCUGAGUCCUCUCAGGGCAAAACGUUGAAUAACUAACAAGAAAAUACUCCUUUCGACUGAAUGCACAAUUUGUAUCCCAUUGAACUUCAUAUUUACUCAUGUGUUUAUUCCUAUGGCUUUGGGGAUUAAACUAUUGGGGAUUAAUCUAUUUUUUGGCUAUUUGGUCUUAAUUGUAAUGGAUCUCUGAUUGAUCUAAACUUUUAUAAGAGAUCCUAGCUCUGUAUCAUAUAUCAUUUUAUACAGUUCUUCAAAGUUUAAUCAUUGAAAUACCUUUAAU